AUGUCGUCGAAGGUUGUGUACGAAGGGUGGAUGGUGCGGUACGGCCGGCGGAAGAUCGGGCGAUCGUUCAUCCACAUGAGGUACUUCGUGUUGGAGUCGCGGCUGCUCGCGUAUUACAAGAGGAAACCGCAGGAUAAUCAGGUUCCAAUUAAAACACUGCUAAUUGACGGCAACUGUAGAGUGGAGGAUAGAGGCUUGAAGACUCAUCAUGGACACAUGGUUUAUGUUUUGUCUGUUUACAACAAGAAAGAAAAGAACCAUCGAAUUAUGAUGGCAGCAUUUAACAUCCAAGAGGCCCUAAUUUGGAAGGAAAAAAUAGAGUAUGUCAUUGAUCAGCACCAGGGAGCGCAACCAUCAAAUGGUAACAAAUAUAUUUCUUUUGAGUACAAAUCUGGGAUGGACAAUGGAAAGACAGCUUCUUCCUCAGACCGUGAAAGCCAGUUCAGUGCUCAGGAGGAUGAAGAUGACCCUCAUCCUAAUUUGUUAAGGAGGACAACAAUUGGAAAUGGUCUACUUCGUAUACCUACAGCUUGUGGGAGCUGCAGUAGAGCUAUGAAGGCAGUAGGUGUUGUGGAGGCGACUUGUGAAGAAAUUUUUGAACUUGUGAUGAGCAUGGAUGGGACACGGUUUGAUCUUAAGGCGAGAAAUGGCUUGAUGAACUGUUCUGAUCGCCUAGCACCGGCCCCAUUCACUUUCUUAUCAUGGGAUUGCAGUUUCCAACAUGGUAGUUUAGUUGAGGAGGUGGAUGGGCAUACAGCAGUUCUAUAUCAUCGACUUCAGCUAGAUUGGUUUGUGUGGCCCCGUGAUCUUUGUUAUGUACGAUAUUGGCGCCGAAAUGAUGAUGGAAGUUAUGUUGUUUUAUUUCGCUCACGGGAGCAUGAAAACUGUGGUCCACAGCCCGGGUGUGUUCGAGCACAUAUUGAGAGUGGAGGAUUUAAUAUUUCCCCUUUAAAAUCUCGAAAUGGGAGGCCCAGGACACAAGUCCAGCAUCUUAUGCAGAUUGAUCUGAAGGGAUGGGGUGUGGGUUACCUGUCAUCUUUUCAGCAGUAUUGUGUCCGUCAAAUGUUAAAUAGUGUAGCUGGUUUACGGGAAUGGUUUGCCCAAUCAGAUGAAAGAAACGCUCAUCCAAGAAUUCCUGUCAUGGUUAACAUGUCCUCAACAUCUGUUUCUUCAAAGAAGAAUCAGAAGCCAAAUGAUUUUUCUGUCAAUCCUGCUUCUCUUGAUCAAAUGAAUUCUGCAAGCAGAAAUUCUGCCUUGAUAGAUGAAUAUUCUGAUGAUGAAGAAGAUUUUCAAAUAGCGGAAUCUGAACAAGAGGCGUACCAAAUUGGUCUUGAGAAUGAUGUUAAAAGAACAGCCUUGGAAGAAGAACCGGCAAAUGAAAUUGACUUGUCUUCCUUUUCGGGCAAUUUGCGCCGGGAUGACCGAGAUAAUGCUCGGGACUGCUGGAAAAUUUCUGAUGGAAAUAACUUCAGAGUCAGAAGCAAGCAUUUUUGCUAUGACAAGUCAAAGGUUCCUGCUGGCAAACAUAUGCUGGAUCUAGUUGCCGUAGAUUGGUUUAAAGACUCCAAAAGAAUAGACCAUGUGGCUAGGCGUCAAGGCUGUGCAGCGCAAGUUGCUUCAGAAAAAGGAUUUUUCUCCAUUGUCAUUAAUCUUCAAGUGCCUGCAUCAACACACUAUAGUAUGGUUUUUUAUUUUGUGACAAAGGAGUUAGUUUCUGGAUCCCUCUUGCAUCGCUUUGUUGACGGUGAUGAUGAGUUUCGAAACAGCAGGUUUAAGCUCAUACCAUCUGUCCCUAAGGGCUCAUGGAUUGUACGCCAGAGUGUUGGGAGUACCCCUUGUUUGCUGGGAAAGGCAGUUGAUUGCAACUACAUCCGUGGUCCCAAGUAUUUAGAAAUUGAUGUUGAUAUUGGUUCCUCUACUGUUGCUAAUGGAGUUUUGGGGCUGGUUAUUGGUGUGAUUACUACUUUGGUUGUAGAUAUGGCUUUUCUUGUACAGGCAAACACUCCUGAUGAGUUGCCCGAGAGGCUUAUUGGAGCUGUCCGUAUUUCUCAUUUGGAGCUCAAAACUGCCAUCGUCCCAAAACUGGAACCGGAUCCAUCAUGA